CCUUGCUUCUUUUUUUAUAACUCUGCCUGAUUUCUUGAAUCUCUGUUUUUUCUUUGUAUCUACCUUUUGGUUUUGGCAUUUCUGAAGUCAGAUUAGCUCCAGAUUAUAUCAAUGGAGUUCUGUGGAUGCUUGUCAGAGCUCAUGAAUGGAGAAUCCAGUUCAAAGAGGAACGGACCAAGCACUUUACCGGUUAAAGAGGUCAGGACAGAUAUGCGGUCUAAAUACUCAUCUGACCUAAGUUCUUACACAUCCGCUUGUAAAAAAGACUCCAACCUCAAAUCCUUUGAUUCUUCGCUUCACCAACGAACCAACAUAAUCAUCACCUCGCUCGCUGCUCGAGCCGAGACUCAAUCUUUAAACCUAGACUCACUCAUGGAGGUUUACGGAUUUCUGCUUGAACUAAACCAAAAUGCAGUAAGAGUCAUUAUUGAAAGCAGAGAAGAUGUCUGGAAGAACAAAGAUCUUAAGUCUUUGGUUGAUGUCUACUUCAAAAGUACUUCCAAGACCUUAGAUUUCUGCAAUACCGUCGAGAAUUGUGUCAAGAGAACAGAAAUCAGCCAACUUAUCAUUCGGUUCGCGGUGAAACAGUUCGAGGCAGAGUCAGUGGACACGGAUCUUGGAGGAGAUAAGAAGAAGAAGAAGUAUACGAAAACCUUGGAGGAGCUGAAUAAAUUUAAAGCUAUGGGAGACCCUUUUGAUGGUGAAUUGGUGACUCAGUUCGACUCGGUCUAUGAUCAGCAGGUUUUGUUUCUUGAGGAGUUGCGUAAGCAGAGAAGAAAGCUUGAUAAGAAGCAGAGGAAUGUAAAAACAUUGAGGACGGUGUCUAACGUGUUUUUCGCUACUGCGUAUGUCUCUGUUCUUGUCUUAUCUGUGGUUGCAACCACAAUGAGCGCACCGCCAGUGGUGUGUGCGGUUGCCUCUGGAUCGACCGCACCGAUUGAGAUAACAGGAAAAUGGUUUAGCCAGAUGUGGAAAAAGUACGAGAAAGCUGUGAAGAGACAGAGAGGAUUGGUUUUGACGAUGGAGAGUAGAGUGCAAGUUAACAAUGAAGCGAUGAAGAAUAUAAGAUCGGAUGUUGAUGAACUGAGAAGUUGGGUUUCGUCGAUUCUGGAGACUGUGGACUUUGCUGUGGAGAGAGAAGAAGAAGAGGAGGCGAUGGGACUUGCGAUGCAAGGAAUCAAGAAGCAUGUAGAUGGGUUUACUGAGAAAAUGGAAGAAGUUGGUGAAAAUGCGGCUAAGUGUAGCAAAUUCAUUGCUUUGGGAAGACUUCUUGUUCUGGAACACAUCCUUGGGUUACCUGCUAAUUGAGUUUCGUAGAAAAGGUAAAUAAUAUCAUCAAUGGUGGCGUUUCAAAGAUAUUAGGGUUUAGCAGUGUUUACACUCAAGCAAGACUCGAAAGUCAAAAAGUUAUUUUUAAUUAACAGUUAUGGAGUUGAAAAUUCUUCACCUUAUUAAUUGAUCAUCAUUCACCA